UGUUUGCAACUGUGUGUGUGUGUGUGUGUGUGUGUGAUUCGAUUGUGUAAUCAUUAUUGAUUUAUGCCAUGCACUCAUGCCAUUCAUGCAAGCAGGAGGAAGGUUUAUCUGCUGAUCUGCUGGUCAGCUGAGGCUUGCAUGACUUGCAGGGUAGGCAUCUAUGUAGACAGUGUUCUGCCAGAACUCAUGUGAUGCUCUUUUACCUGAGAGGGGACACUCUUGAAGCAAGGGGCAAUUAUCUGUAGCAGGCUUCUGUAAUGUUAUGGUGUUAAUGGUUGUAUUAUAUUGUCCAGCAUUGUUGUGAUUUGUCCAGCAUGGCAAAUAGGAGCAUCAUAAAGGGAAGUGAAAAGAAGAGCGAAGAGACCCACAUGGUUGUCACAAUAUACCAAUUGACUGAAUCAAUAACAAAUCAUCUGAAAAUGUUUCAGAACCCCCUCCUCAUCUGUUAUUACUAAGUGUGACUGGGCCCAUGAUAAUACUUUAUAAGAAGUCUGUAUAGGGGCAGAAUGUUAAAAUAUCCUCUUUACUUUGGACUUGUUUGUUGUUUUUUGUAUACAUCUUACAUCCCGGCUGGUUGUCACAGUAAUAAUCUUAAUCAGGAUAAUCUGUUGUUAUGGUGAAGUAUGUCCCCAUGCCAGCUCUGGGGAGGUAUCUCUUUGAGGUUUCCUCCACAGCAGACUUUUAUCAGACAUCCUCCUGGGCUCUGUCUGAGCUUGUAUAGCCCAGCAGCAUAAGCAGUAGAUAGAUGUCCAUCUUUGCUUACCUUGAUCAUAGGGGAUAAGCCAUAGCAAACAUAUUUAUAUGUGUUGAUUUUGUGCUUGUGGGCGUGGGUGUGGGUGUGCGUGUGCUUGCGUGUGCUUGCGUGUGCUUGCGCGCGCGCGCGUGUGUGUGUGUGUGUGUGUGUGUGUGUGUGUGUGUGUGUGUGUGUGUGUGUGUGUGUGUGUGUGUGUGUGUGUGUGUGUGUGUGUGUGUGUGUGUGUGUGUGUGUGUGCGCGUGUAGGUAUGUGUUUGUUUGUGUGUGUUGUAGAUGGGGCGGGAAUGGUGUAACCUGUCAACACCUGAGAUUACUCAAAAUGGGAGUUGUAAACUUCUCUUCAAAAGGUUCCAAAACAAGUCUCUAAUCCCUGUUUGACCCGCAACUCCCUCUAAUCUAAAACACACACAAAUAUCCAGACACUAACUUGCUGCGCAUUCCUGAAGCUUGUCUUAAGGAAGCCUAUCUCUUGCUGAUUGGUCGAAAGUUGCAUGGAGUGGGACUUGCUCUGAGAGGCAGUGUAUUUAAUUGGCUGUUGACAGGUUCUCCCAUGGUGCUUUGCUACACCUUCCUCCCCUUCACCUGUUUUUCCCUUGGGGCUCGUUGAGUGUGUGUGUCUUUAAGUGUGUGCGUGUGUGUGUGUGUUUCUGUGUGACACACCCGUUGUUCAUAUCACCACUCUGUAAGUGCCGGUAGUCCAGGGAACUUUCACCUGCUUUGUGUGUGUGUGUGUGUGUGUGUGUGUGUGUGUGUGUGUGUGUGUGUGUGUGUGUGUGUGUGUGUGUGUGUGUGUGUGUGUGUGUGUGUGUGUGUGUGUGUGUGUGUGUGUUUGUGUGUGACGCUCAACUGAGUAGCAUUGAGCUAAGGGGAGAGAAUGACACUGCCUAUUCAUUCUGCUUUCCGGAAUGUAAGAGUUCAUAUGUUUACAUUUAGGACAGCACGACUCUUAUGUAUGGGUGUAUGGUGACUUGACGGAGUUAUAUAUUGUUGAGAGUUGGACUCUUGAAGUAUGUCUCGUUCGUUAGAGUAUAAUAUUAAGUGGAUUAUUGUGUACUGUCAUGUUACAGAUCUACAGUGUACAUCUUUCAUAAGGUGAGUGUGCUGACCGACCAGGUAGAAGCUCAGGGGGAGAAGAUCCGAGAUCUGGAGAGUGCUCUUGAGGAACACCAUCAAAAACUGGUCUGCACUGAGGAGAUGCUACAGCAGGAGCUGCUGAGUAGGACAUCUCUGGAGGGCGAGAAGCUGGAUCUGAUGGACGAGGUGUCCCAGCUCAAGCUGACCAUGGUGGGCAUGGAGGAGUCCCACAACACGCAUCAACACACCCGCCCCGAGUCCCCGGAGAGAAAGCAGAACAAAGCAGAGUGUGUGGUGAACCUCAUCAGUGAGCUCCAGGAGCAGAUGUGCAGGUUUCAGGAGGAGAUCAGCACCCGCAUCCAGGAGAAACAGGCCCUGGAGAGGCGGGAGGCCCAGCAGGGGGCCACGGGAGCCGGCCUAGCCCGGGCCGUGAGCCCCGAGGCGGGCUCGGCCGGCCCGGACCUCUGCCUGUCCAGCCCUGACCCGGGGAACCGCUGGGUCCACGGUGGACAGAGUGUACAUGACCUGGUACAGGAAGUGACGCAGCUGAGGAACAAGGUGGAAGAGCUGGAGGAUGAGAAGAGCAACUACGAGAGGAAACUCAGAGUCACCAAGGUAGCGAUAGGGGAACUACAGGAGAUGCUGUCCUCAAAAGACAACGAGAUCCACAGUCUGCACAACCGACUCAUGGCCAGAGAGAGCACAUUGAACAACAAUGGAGGGAAAGACCAAGAAUUCCAGAAACUGAAGAGAGGCAUGGAGUCCUUGUUGGCUUCUAACGAUGAGAAGGAUCGACACAUCGAGGAGCUGACCACUCUGCUGGGACACUACAGGAAGGUGAAGGAGGUGGCAGCUCUCCCACAAGCCAGCAGUGAGGAAGAGCUGAGUAGCUCUCAUCAACCCAGAGCUCUGACUCACAAGGCCCACUCAGAGAUACUCCGGUCUGAGUUCUGUUCUCAGGGAUACUCUCCUUUUCUCAUGUCCUCAGCCUCUUGCCAUAGAGAACUGGACUUUGGCUCCAGUAUGCAGAGCCCCUUCGAGACCUUCAAAGUGACCAUCAGCGACGCCAGUUACCUCAAUGGAUCAUGGAGCCAGAACCGAGUGCUGUCCAGCAGCCUGGAGGAGCUGCAGACUGGAUCUUCAAAGGCUGUAGAGUUCCUGCCACAUGAGCCUGUGUCCUCAGACGCAGUGGCCAAGAAUCGACACAUGGAUGAGAACCAAUACCGGACCCUGCCAGGGAAGCUGAGCAAGGCAGCAGGCCACAGGACUGGUCAUCUUAACGGAGAGCAGGAGAGAGACGAAGAACGCCCCCCCUCUCCCAAGCAGCUCUCCCACAUCAAGAGCCACAAGGACUACGGUCUCAGAUUGGCUGGGAAACACAACCUCUAUGAUGUUGGCCGUCCAGAGAGCCUUCUGGAGGAGUCGUGCCUCUCCGACCAGUCGCCGCUGUCCUCCGGGGGGAACUCGGAGCAGCACUCCCCGGUCUCGCCCGAGAACAGGAAGAGCCACAGAGGCAUCCGCAAACUCUGGGGGAGGAUCCGGCGGAGCCAGUCUGGAAGCCCGGUGCAGCUGGACGAGGCCGAGCAGGCGGAGUUCAGGAGGGGGGGGUACAGAGCCACGGCCGGGCCGCGUCUGGCCCGGCCCGGGAACCGUCGGUUCAGCCACCCCAAGGCGCCCUUCCACAAGUGGACCAGCGAGCAGCUCGGUGAUUGGCUGGAGGACAUGGGCCUGGGACAGUACGGCGUCCUCUCUCGCAACUGGCUGCACAGCGGGCAGACGCUGGUGUUAGCCACGCCGCAGGAGCUAGAGAAGGAAAUGGGGCUUAAGAACCCCCUCCACAGGAAAAAGCUCCAGCUGGCCGUCAAGAUGCUGUGCAGCAAGCAGGUGGAAAAGUCUGCGGAGCUGGACCACAUCUGGGUCACACGUUGGCUGGAUGACAUCGGGCUCCCCCAGUACAAGGACCAGUUCAACGACGGCCGCGUGGACGGACACAUGCUGCAGUACCUCACCGUGAACGAUCUGUUGUUCCUCAAGGUAAACAGCCAGCUGCAUCACCUCAGCAUCAAGUGUGCCAUCCAUGUCCUUCGUGUGAACCAAUUCCACCCCAACUGCCUCAAACGCAGGCCCAGCAAUGAGAACCAGCCUACCCCCAGUGAGGUGGUGCAGUGGUCCAACCACCGGGUGAUGGAGUGGCUGCGCUCGGUGGACCUGGCGGAGUACGCCCCCAACCUCAGGGGCAGCGGCGUGCACGGGGGCCUCAUUAUCCUGGAGCCACGGUUCACCUCGGACACGCUGGCCCUGCUGCUGAACAUCCCCCCCCAGAAGACCCUCCUCCGACGCCACCUGGCCUCCAACUUUGGCAGCCUGGUGGGGGGGCAGGCGGAGCGGGAGAAGAGGGAGUACAUGGGGGCCGCCGGCUACACCCCCCUCAGCACCACCGCCAAAAUCAGGCCGAAGAAGCUGGUCUUCUCCAACCUGACCCACCUCAGGAGACGGCGUCCCGGCGACUCCACCGACUACAUCUGCCCCCUGGACUCCUCCCUGCCUGCCUCCAUGCCCCCGGCCUCCUCCAUGGCCUCCUCCAUGGCCCCCUCCGUCACCUCCUCCGUCACCUCCUCCAUCGCCUCCUCCGUCUCCCAGCCCGCCGCCAACGGGUCCCCGGGGCCCUCCUACGCCGCCUUCCGGGGCCUCAGCCCCAUCCUGGACCGGGAGCCCGGCCCCCACGCCGCCCAGCAGAUGGCGGGAACCCUUAUAGAAAUAGAAGCCCUAUCUAACAGCAUCAAUAACCUCACAUACCUGCUACAGCUAGACCAGACACGGGAGGAGCUGAGACACUCUCAAAUGGCUCUAGUUUGAAGGGACUCCCACUACUGACUCGCUAAGGGCUGCCAACGGACACCAAUACCUGUUUCCUGACGUUACCCCCACACCUGUGCCUGAAGCCACGUCCUCCAGCCACAGAUCACCUCAGUUGGAAACUUUUAAAAAAAUUAUAUUCUCUGCAGAAAUGUUAAUAUCAGAUUUAAAACGUUUGAAUAGAUUUAAUGUUUACUUGUUCUUUCAAAAAGUGGCAUUGGGAUAUGUUUCUCACAACAGCUCUUCCUUGCUUCCAAAAGCCCUAAGCGUUAACUUUCUAUCCAAAUCCUUCUAUGUGGGUUUGGGCCACAUAGGCCCAAGCACAAGCCCAUUCCUCAUCCAUAAUGUAAGGUGGUUGUUUGUUUCUCAGUAUGUACUGAGAUCAUCUAUCAAAUGAACAAUAAAACCAAUAAAAAUUAAAAUAAAAUAAAAGGACCAAUAAAAAACAACAGUGU